AUGGCGUCUUCGUUGUCACGAUCUUUGGUUUCUUCCUAUACCUUCGAUGAUAAAGAUCUAGACGACGCUGAUUUAUGGGCGGUAAUUGAUUCCGCCGCCGCUGCAAUCUGUCAAGAGAAGACUUCUUCCGCCGUCGGGAAUUCUCCGAAACCACUCGCUGUUAGGUAUCCGAACUACAAUUCUCCUCCGACGCCUGUUUCGUAUCCUCCUCCUCCACAGUCGAAGAUUAUUCAGGUUACGAAUCAUAACCCUAGCUUUAAUCGGCGAUUACCGGAAGAGUCACUGCGUCCGAACAAAAUGGCUAGAUCUCGCGUCUUGUCUGAGGUGAAGAGUGAGAGGAGUGAGAGUCCUUUGGCUCUUGUUACGACGGCGAACCGUAAUUCGACUCCGGUUAUUCAUUCUACGAAGUUUUCUUCGCCGGAGAAUUACUUGUCGCCUGGGAUCAGGCAGUCUACUACGCCCCUCUCGGUGGUUUCUCCGCCGGCGAGCUGCGUUAAGAACGAUCCGGUUAAUGAGAUGCGACAUAGCUUGUCUGGGAGCUUUCCUUCUGCCACUCUGUUCAAGGAAUACCAGAACACAGCCAUGGAGAUUCUAGAGAAACCUGAUUACACGAUGAUAUCAGGGAAAGCAUACAUUAAAAAGUCAGGUUGGAGGAAAAUAUCGUUUUACUUCAAUGUGUCUUAUGAAAUAAAAGACAAGACUAUUGAAUUCGAUGAAAACAGAAAUGUCCAGCGUGCUGAGUUCAUCGUCCGAGCCAUUAUGCACGGAGGAAGAUUCGCUGACGGAUGGGGCUCUUGUGAGCGACGUGAGAAGAAAUUCCUCAAACCAAAUCAUGAUAUUCCCAGUACGGCAGAGACCAGAGCCAAAAAUAGAGCUUGCCAGGAUCUUCUAGGAAUCGGUGAAUAUCGACAAAGCCCAACUGAGUUUCCACGCUGA